GCUCAGCUACCAUAGUAACCACGAGGACAUCACCCACUUACCCAUAAAAAUGAUGCUGUCCCCCACUGUAGUACAAUGGCCCAUUGAACAACAAAAAUCCUGUAUUUUUCUGUAGCCAUAGACAUCCUCACCCCAUAAUCCAUAAAGCCAGGCUCGUCCAUGUUGCAGCUCCAGCACCUACUCUAGACAAUCGCCCCAGGAACAUCAAACAUUCGGUAGCAUGAACCUCGACGUAAAGCCUGAGGUCGUUUCCGGCCACCCGGCCAACGUGUGGAACCGUGAGCAUGCGGACAAAGCGAAAAAAGAGCGCGAAUGGCAGGCGGAGCGGAACAGCGCGGUGUUCGGCGUCGACACCUCCCCGCGGAACAGCAAACAAUCGAGGGACAGCUCUACUGAUCGCAAUUCGCGAUCGCAGUCCCGAUCCCGCAGUCCGAAGUCUCCGAGGAGCCCCAGGUCGAGCAAAUCCCCGCCGCCGCCGCAGGUGCUCGAGGAGGAGAUCAUAGAGGAUAUUAAAGACCAGAAAGACAAAAAACCAAAACGCCUCGCCAACGGCUCCGUCGGGGGAAUCCGAAGGGAAUCGCACACGGGGAAAGUGGUCAGAACGGGCUCGCCUGGCUCGCUAAAUCGAUUACAUAAGGACCUACCAACCUUCCAGUUCCCGCCGGAUUUUUCCAAGGGGGAGAGAUUGAAGACCCCGCCGGCGAAAUUCUCCGGCUCUGGGAACUUAGAUCAGUUCGGGACGACGUGGCAGAGUUUGACUUCGAUCAACGAGCAGACGAAGCCGGACCCGCAACACGUGUUCGAGUUCGGCACGAAAUUGACCUGCACGAAUUUGGAUCCGCAGCUCCCGUUUUCCACACGGCAAUGCGGGCUGCACAGUCCGAGGGAGACCGGAUUAACGGGGUCGGCCUGCAUGACAGUGCCGAAGCCACUGCAUAUUCCCAGAGUGCCUGAGGUAGAUGAAGAGGAGCGGAAGCUACCUUUGUCUGGCUGCGUUCAUAAACGGAGCUUCGUGGACACAAAUGAUAUUCUUGUUGGGGCGAAAAAGAUGAAGUCACCGCGUGCUUCUUCGCCUGUAGGUACUUCCACCGGGGAACAACAUCAAGCGGCGUCGAAGCCGAAACCACAGAAAACGCCGAUGCCAACGUACACAGACGGAUUCAAGCUUUCGCGGUCCGACGAAUAUCUUCGUUCGGUUUUAGGUGACCUCGGCCCGAAUGCCUCCCCGAGAUUAGGUUCCCCUUCUGGUGCGGAAAAGUUCGAUCUCUUCUGCCUGGCUCCGACAGGGCCCGAUUUGACAGGCGGGCUCGUGCAGCAUCAACAUCAGCAGCUGCAAGAAGGAGUAGACCACUUGUUCUCAGGAACAAGUGCGGAUUUGCUCGCCGCCGACACGACCUCCACCCUACUUCCCACAGCAACUGCGACCGGCCAAGGCAUCGCCAGCACCAAGCCCGCGCCGGCCUUUUUGGUACCGGAUAGCCUGAGCCGCAGGAAAAUUGUUCCCGGGACGGGGGGAAGUUUUAAGUCGCAUUCGCCGCCGUCGAGAAAAUUCCCGGUGAAAGCGGCGCACCAUUUGAACUCCUCCUCGAUUUCGCACGGAAAGAAAUUCCAGUCUUCUAUCGCCGCAAAGUCCAUUGGCUCGUGGCAGCACCUCGCGCCGAGGAGGUCUUUAGAGCCCGAGCACAUCCAGCAAAGAUUCGAAGCGGCGCUGGCCUUGGAGGAGGACGCUUUGGAGGAAUUGCGGAAAACACAACUGGAAAAAGUAAAGAAGCAAAGAUUAUCCCGGGAUAAGGUUCAGCAGGACCGGAUCAAAGCGAAGGUCACGUGGCUACGAAAUCUGGAAGACAGCGAAAAGAUGGAGCAGAGACUUAUGAAAUGUAAAAAUGUCUGGGUCUGGAAACUUGUGAUGCUGGGUGGCGUCUCAUGAUGAGGCUACAAAAGCUGGCUCAGCAUGACAAGUUUCUGAGCUCCUAGGUGUUGCCUAUUCUGCAUGACAAACUGCGCUUCUGCAUCACAGAAAAACGGAGCUCUUGGGUAACGUGCAUGACAGAUUUAAGAGUCAUGCCAGACAAGCAUGACAAACGUGAACUCUUCCAGACCCAGACAUUUUUACAUUUGAUAAGACUCAGCAAGAAGCAAAACAUGCUGAAGGAGGAAAGACGAAGGGUGAUCGCGGAGGCCAACACGAGACUCGCGAGUCCAGAGUUAGAUAGGCAAAAAGCGGUGGAUCCCACGAAAGUGCUGAAAGACGUUCUGAAUUUCGUCGAUAAAGAAACAUUUGUCUUCGACGCGAAGACGAUGAAAAUAAGUAGCGUUGCGCAGCAGCAGGGCACUGGUAGUACAGGAAAAGGGAAGGGCAAAGGAGGCAGUGGUGCUGCAAGUGCCGCUGGUUCACCUUCGAAUAAACAGCAAGCGGGUACUAGUACUAGCAGCGGAGCUGGUCUUGUUCAAAAGACCGUCGACAGUGCGGUUCUUUCCACGGGGGAAGUAGGAGAACAACCGCAGCACAACUAUCAACCCCAACAGCAACCGUUAGUGCAACAGCGUUCCGUUUCCUUCCAGCUAGAUCCGAUUGAGGAGAUCCCGCGGUCCGAAUCCCCACCGGAUGACGACAUUUCCAGCCUGAUCCACGAUUUCGAAUUCUUCGCGCCGCCGUCUCCCGAGGGCGAAGGCGGAAGUGGAUUUCACGACCACCUUUCGUCCGGCGAUAAUGCUCUUCACGGCGAUCUUCGUGAUGCAACCAACACCAAAAACACCGACUUCGGCAUGAGGGCGUCUUCUUGGCGAACUGUCGAUAUGUCCGCGAACGCGGGGGGAGACGGCCUGUUCUCUGACGAAUUUGGGCCCCUACCGCCGAUGCGAAGAGGUGACGACUUCGGCUUCGACAGGAGGCCGGGCACCGCUUCUUCCGGCACGCCGAGUAGCGACGAGAGAUUGGGAACCCCGAACUUGUUCCCGUUUCAUGAUAGUACAGGAGGAGAAGCAAAAAUAGCAACCUCCUCCAGCUCCUCUACAGGCGAUAAAAAUCACGCGAACAGGAGGGGAGGCGGCGGCGGAAACCAGCGCAGGAGGGGGCCGAGUCACGACAGAGCUAUGCUGGCAGGACAAGGAGAUAAUCAACAAGACUAUGUGGAGCAGCGCGGGCGACGAGGAAACAGAGUAGAUCAACUGCAUGCCGGCAGCUCAAAUAGAUCUGCGAAGAAAGCAACUACCUUCGACCCCGACCUCGGGUUCUUCGAGCCGGCGAAAACACCCUCGAAGCACCCGGAGAAGCAGAAGCACGUCGACAUGAUGAUUUCCUCUGGCGAGAUGCUGCAAAUCGGGAAACGGUAUAUGAUCUUUCGCCAGCCCUCUCUGCGCCGGAAUUGGAACCACUGGCACCCGAGAGACGGAAGACGGAGGCACCGGUCCAUGUCGGUGACGUUCCCAGGGCCGGAGAAGAACUUCACCGGGACGAGCUUUCUGUCUACCUCGGACCGAUUCUUCGACGAGAUCCAGCGCGCACCGGUGAAACUGAAGACCGCGAAGUUGGACAUGCGGGUCUUCACGAGUGUCAAGUGGCCCCCAGACGGCGCGCACUACCGGCGGGGCGCGUGUUUACCCCUCGCGUACGGCCGGGAACCCAUGCUGUUGGAUAUGUGCAGCAGGGACGAGCAGAAGGUGUUAGCGAGGAGCCGGACCCCCGUCGGCGCGGGGGACAUCGCCGUUUCCCGGCACGACGUCCACACCUACCCGAACAACCAAACGCUCCACCCGGGAAAGCGGUCCGCCUGGUCGGCCGGCCCGAUCUCCGUCGCGCACGUGACGAAAUACGGCACGAUUCUGCCGGAAUACCCUUCGGUGGAACAAAUCCACUACAUGACGAAGCGGGUCCCGAUUCUCUGGCCGCAGGAGGAGGCGGAAGUCGAUAAGUUGUCCCACACCUGGUCGCCGGGGGAUAGGUACUACCUCGCGCAAGAACGGGACGUCAGAAUGCGCGCGAAAGACUACGACAAUUUCGACGGUGGUGGUGGACUGAAUAACAAUGGAGAGGACAACAACACAGACAAUCUCAUCACGGUCACGCACGGCGAGGUGGUUUCUGGCCUUACGGGCGGCACGCUGUUCGAUUACGAUUUCGUGGCUCCGACGGGCACCGGCGCUACCUUCGCAGACGGGAAUGAUGCGUUGGCGUUACCCUCUGGGCCGGCGCGAACGCCGCCGAUGGCCCUGCCGGGAUUGUAUAACUUUUACAUCGAGCCGGUUCCGCCACCGCGAGGUCCCGAGGUGCCAGCCGCGAAGGUGGGGUUGGUGUUGGCGAAGCGGAAUUCAAAGGUUCUGAACGAUGAUAAUAUAAAUCACCACUACCUGUCCACCGAGUCCGUGAACAGCAUGAACACGUCCGCGUAUCAAGUGCACCAGUCGAUGCUAGAACACGAGCAGAAGAACUCAGUCUUCAAAAGCCACCGCGUAGAGCAACUGCACCCGAGACAUUUGACGAGAAACCUGCCGUUGAAAACGUUUAUCAACUUGAAACCCGAGAUGGUGUUCGAGCACUACGGAAUCCGGCCGGAAUUGGUGGAGCGCGGGGUGCGGAUAAAUGCAGCCAUGAACAUCCGGACGGGGGAGGAUUUGGACCCAAACGAGCUCUAUUUCCGCUCCAAAGGUAUGAGAAAAAUGCAGCACGAGCAUCGGGUAGACGCGUACAACGCGGUGGAGCCGACCUUGGAGCCGUUUCCGAUAUUGCGGCUCCCGCAGUUGCGGGAGCGACACAAAGCGCACGAGCGAAUGAUGCUGCAGGGGAUUCAGUUCCCGGGGGCGGAGGAGGCUGAUGUGGAACAGGAAGAAGUUCCGUUGGAGGAAAUGCCGCUGGGGAUGUUGGUACGGGCGAACAGACAGAAGAAGGAGGAGCUGGCACGGAUAGAGAAGGAAGAGCAGGAGGAGGCUGCGAAGUUGGCAGCAGCUGGGGGAGCAGAGGACCGCGACGAGCUGGCCGGAGCUGCAACAGUAUCCCCGGCAGCUCCAGCUGAAGGAGAGCAGGAAGGCGGUAAUAAAGACGCAGAAGAAAGCAAGGCAAACCCAAACGGGGGGCAGCAGACCAUUCUGGAGCAAUACAAACACAUCCGGGCAUUGAAACGCCCGAAAAGAAAGCACCUGUGGCACACGGACCACCGCGAUAUGAAGGCGAUUUCGGAAACGUAUGCGGGCCAACACGGCGUGCUUCCCACUUUGUCCCAAUCACGAGCCCAGGAGAUCGCCCGCGCGAUCCAGUUUUCCCCGAACACGACGGGAAAUAGCUGGACGAAGACCUCCCAAUACAGCCAUUCCUGGGAAACCUCCUCUUCCGCGGUCGGGCGAUCUGACCGGGGUUUCACACCCGCGGCGGAAGAUCCGGACCCACAUCUCCGGGGCACCGGGUUCGAGUACGAUCCGGAGAAGGACGCGAGAUCCCCCCCGAUGGUGUACCCGCCGUACGACGAUUUGUUCGACGACCGGCGGUAUAAAGUUGCGAUGCUUUUACUGGAGAGAAAGUUGCGAGCGCGGGCGAGGAACAUGCUACUCGCGCAGCGCGCGGCGGAUAGGAUUGCCGAGCUAGAAGCUCUCGCCGCGGCUCGCCGGCGACAAAUGCUGGAGAAUUUAGGGUUCUUUGACAAAUUUGGUCUAAAAGGCCGGCACGGGUUUGACGACAUGGAGAGCGACAUGCGGAACAACAUGGACCGGAAAUUGUCCGCGCAGAGUCCAAGAACCGGGUUGAAUGCAGCCGGUUUGGAUGGAAAGGGCCCUCUGGGCGUGCGGUCGAGGAAGGAGCGGCUCCGGGCGGUGAUGCUGGGACUGACCCUGGCCGUGGAAAAGGAUCGGGAGAUGCGCAACUACAAGCCCAUUGACUUCACGAAAGAAUAUUUCGGACCGAAUCAGGAGAAGUGGUGGGUGUUUCCGCCGAACUCGGUCUUCGCCGAGACGCUGAACGAACCCAUGCGAGUUCUGGUCGGAUUGUUCGCACGGGAACAGGUCCCCUCCGCAAUUUUGUCUGCAUCUCUCCCCGCGAGCCCAGCUGGAGUUCGGGUAGCUAGUCCGAGCGGGAGAGGAGCCGCCAGAGGUGGAGCUGCGGCUAGUGGAGCAGGAGGCGCACAUCAACCAGAAUCUUCGCUCAACGGGUCCACCUCGUCCUCUGCCGGGGUCGGUUCCGACGUUUACGGCUCCAGUCCGCCGAUGUCACCGAACAGUCGGGCAACGACGGCGGGCGGACAGGUAGACUUCACGAUCUACGAAGACGCAACAUAUGAGGGUCCAGAGGCUGAUGUGCAGAGACAGGAAAAUAGUGCUAGUACUAGCCCGCAGCAACGCGGACCGACGCCGAAGGCUGGUGUAGUAGUGCCAUCAACUCCGACGUCGCUGAUGCAGAUUUCCCGCCAGGGGACUAUGGCAGUGGUGAACGCAGGUGCAGCUGCUUCUCCGACCAACCGGGGCAAAUCGCGACAGCAGGCGAAACAGGCGAGGGAGCCGAUUGAUAUUUUCAAAGACACGCGGUCGUGCGCGGAGCUCGGGCAGUGCAUCUCUGCGUUGGUCUCGGUUCUGUCCGCGGACAACGAGGUGGAGGCGAUCGGGCCGUUCGUCCUCAGCAUUCCGCACACCCAGGUGGCCUUCAAGUUUCGGUUUCUCGAGAAGUUGAAGGCGCUCGUAUUACAAUGAAAAAUGCCCCCACCCCCGAACUUGAAAGCAUUUGUAUUGCAAACCUUUCCAAACGAAACAUUCGCCCCUUUGCAUGUAUCAGCGUCACAGAUUUCCGAUCGUGAAUACCAAAAAUUUGUAUUGCAAAAGAUCCCAGCAAGAGCGGUGCUUGUCAUGCAAGCGAUGCGAAACACGAGUAGACUCUGCAUCAGAAAGAUUCGUACUCCUUUCGUGCAUGACAAAAAGUUUUCAUUUGGAAACUUCGCAUCACAAAUCUUUGCAACUUUGGGGGUGGGGGGCACUUUUCACUGUAAUAGCUCGCGGAGCACAUGCGGCUCAGGGCGAAGAAGGCGAAGAUUGUGGACUUGCGGAUUUUAUCAAAUGUAAAAAUGUCUGGGUCUGGAAGAAUGCAACUUGUCAUGCUGAUUUUGGACUCUAAAAAAAUUUGUAUUGCAUGACUAGAAAGUGAAAGAGGGCUCCGGUUUGUGCUACACGGACAGGGCAUUUCUCAUGCGAAAGGUGCAUCAGGAAGCCCUCUAAAAGUCUGUGAUGCUAGGUCGUGCAUUACAGGCAUCAUGGAUCAUGAGAAAUAUGCAUGACAAACCUGGCAAUCUUCCAGACCCAGACAUUUUUACAGUUGAUAGAUUUUGUCUCUGUUGCUGAAAAUGUGCAACACGAGGUUGCUACUCCAUUUAGACCAUCUGACCGCGGGGACGGCAUUGGCGCGGAAGAACGCCGCGAUUGUGCCGGGGGAAAUGGCAAAGAGGAAAGCGGCGAGACUCCUCCACAUGGCGAUGUUUUCCAAGGCGACAACCGACUUCGACGCCAUAGACCAAAACACCGCAAGGCCCGGAUCUGCUGGCAACGCAGAAGAAAGGCCGGGCUCCGGCAUCGGCGGGCGUUUGAUGCGCACGAUGGUGGGCGCGAGUCCGAAUAGAGAAGCAACGAGACAAUUCCGGACAGGUGGAGCAACGACUGCGGGGUCCGGAUUGCUAGAAACAGGGACAAUUGGAGGUUCUACGGAAGAUAGUGAUGAUCCGGGUAUCAACGAUAGUUUGAUCUCCUUGUCCAAAGCGGACAAGGUUGCGAUGAUUCAGAACGCCACGCCGAGCGGGCGGCACGCGGUCAAUUUCCUCGCGAAGUCAAAAACGAUCAUGCGGUCCGCCAGUUCUUUCUCCGACACAAGCUUGAUCACGCCCAGUCGCGCGGGGACGGUGGAGUUCUCUCGCGCGGGAACGUUCAAUUCGUAUCAAAGAAAAAAACACCAUGAUCACAAUCACUUUUGCACAUUUUUGCAAUACAAAAAUAUUUGUCAUGCGCAAAAAUGCAUCGCAGUCAACACUUAUAGGCGAUUUCCCUUUGUGUUUUUGCAAUACAAGAAAAGUUUGUUAUGCGAGACAUAUUUCUGAUGCAAAACCUCCCAAGUGUGAUUGUGAUGGUGUUUUUUUCUUGGAUAACUCCGAUGCUGGCGUUACUACCGUCGGGGGCAUUAUCAGCCGGGGCGGGACGUUGGACUUGGAAAUCGAUUUCGACGCGAUCUUCAACGAAAUGGACUUGGAAAAUCAGCAAGCGGAAAAGAAAUCAUCUACUUCAGGAUCGUCACCCAGAGGCGGGGGUGCUGGUGGUAGCUCGUCUCCGCGAUCGGUCCGCAUGGCGCCGAGCCGGUCACAAUCGACGUUACUCGAUCGCGUUUUUAUUGCGGGGGACGAAGAAUCCACUUCCGUCUCCAACCAGUCAAUUGCCACCGGACCGAGCGAAGCUGCGAGCCGAGCCGCGAUGCGGAGAAGGUCGAAUACCACCGCGAUUAGGACGGAUUUUGAUAGAACUACGGACAGUCCAAUCCCACCAGUUGUGGAGCCAACCCCGCGGGACAUCGCGUUGUCCCAGAUCCAGAGUGGGUUGGAGGAAAAUUUAUCACCGGUGUCGCGGAGAAGAGUGAAUGCAGAUCUUCAACCAGGAAAUAUUAAGGGUGCCGUAGUAUCUUCGUCGUCGUCUCCGGGAGUUGCGACUACUAAGGGCGAGAAGUUGAGCAGAAAAUCCUCUUUCUCCAGCACAAGUACAGCCGUCGCUGCAAUGUCGCAGCUCGGCGGGUCCGGUCCCGGGGCGACAAACAAGUCGAUCGCUCGGGGGGCGACAAAGAUGAUGACGCAAGGAGCGGCCGAUAUGGCGAAAUCAGGAAACUUGAAGCAAAUGCUGGCUGCGCAGGCGACGCAGGAGCAAUCAUUGUCAGAGACUUUGGAAAAACAAGAGCAAGACACGCCCUUAUACCACCCGAUUUCCUUCUUGAUCCGAAAACUCGGCCUGGAGUGCGCGCGAUCCGCGUCGAAGACACAGGACUUGGAACAGCUAUUAAAGGAAGCGGCGGCGCACCCAGAAGCCGCGGGAUUUCUGGAUGACCACCCAACCGGGGUGAACUUAACGCCUUAUUUCUUGUCCCUGAUGGCGGAGUUGAACGACGAGGCCAAGAAGCUGAAAAACGCCAAGGAACUCGGAGUCGGAGAGUACUUUUAUAUAAGAUUUUUUUCCCUUUGCCUUUUGAAUUAGAAUUUGAUGACUUCAUCUUUGAGCAGGCAUGAAGUACACAAAAGAUUUCAAGUUGAUGAAAGGUGAGACUUGUAUAUGCUGAUGUGGAAGUGGAUUACCACACAAGGACUAUACAACCCUUGAUCUGUAAUGCAAUAUUCCCCCAACACGACACCACAGCUUUCGCUACGCCAUGGACGAGUCGACCACCAACGCGCUGUCCAACCUGUCCCUCGAGGUCACGUUGAAGAAAAAAGCCCUGCUGGAUGAUAUCAUGGACAAGGAGUGGAAGGUGAAGGUCGACCAAGUUUGGAACAUGCUUGACGACGACCGGUCCGGCUACGUGAUCCGUGCGGAAAUGCAGGCCCACUACAGCGCCGCGCUGAAGCACAAAUCGGUCUCGGUAUCCUGAGUAAAAACGUACCCACACCAGAGUCAGGAUGGGGAAUCUGCUAGACAAAUCAGCCAGCUUUGGUUGUUUGGCAUGACAAGUUUGUCCGCGUAGUGUAGUGCUGUUUGAGCUAGUUUAGCAGCAUUACAGAUCUAGUAUCUCGUGCUGAUUGGAGCAUGACAAACUUCAAAACCGCAUUAGAAAAUGCUUCUCAUGGGGCUCCGCAUGAGAAACAUUUUAAGCAUGCAGAGUUGCAUGACAACUAUGGUGUGGGUACGUUUUUACUCAGGAUACUCGGCCCAGGUGCAGCAAAUCUUCGACGACAUCGACGCGAACGGGGACGGGCUGAUCAGCUACGACGAGUGGACGCUGUAUUUCGCGGAUAUGGUGAAAUCCAACGCCGUGACGAUUCCGCAAUUGAUGCUGGAAUUGGACUGGUUCCUGAAAGCGGGCGGCCACGCGGCGAUCGGGAUUUUAGGCGGGGAAAAUCCAAGUAAAAAACCGGCAGGCGGGGGCAAGGCGGAGGAGAAGAAGAAGAGGUGA